GUAAUAUACCGGGUUUGUCACGUGACCGAAGAGGCGUUAUUCAUUAUGGCAGAUAUAGGCCUAUGACAUGAAAUCAGGGAAAGGGAGAAGGAAUGCAGUAUUACUACUACAACUAGUACUAGUAAGAUUCCACACCAAUGCGAUUUUAAAUACACGUAUUGAAAUACUCAUCCACUUCAGAAGAUAAUAUUGUAAUGAGGAAAAAUAUGUAAGAGAUGGGACCACCAAAUACCCUAAGUGACAAGGUUCAAUCUGUUUUUGCUGCUCUUAGAUAUGACUGCAAAUCUGAUAUUGUUAUCACUUCUAGCCAACAAUGAGUACUCAAAACCUCACUCAGCUUGAACAGUUGGAGAAAGCAGCUGAGGAGAGAGCAGCAAUAGUUGCUAAAUAUGACCGUGGUCGAGAAAAUGGAGCCCAGAUUGACUCUUGGGAAGAUCCAUCUUUUGAAGUGUAUCAUGUCACAGACCGUUAUGGAUUUUUACAUGACACCCAUCUUCCAGAAAGACUUACAGCUCAUGAAGCAAAGGUACGACAAGUAGAAAAUGACAGAUUAAAUAAAUGGAUGAAGAUGCUUAAAUCAUGGGAAAAGUACUGCCAGAGUGACAAACUCAGACGGAGAAUAUAUAAAGGAAUACCAAAUGCAGUGCGUGGUGAAAUCUGGACAAGAUUACUAGAGGUUCAACGUGUUAAACAAGAACAAGAAGGAAAGUAUAAGGAAAUGAAGCAGAGAGCCAGAAAAUGGUCAACAGAUGUCAGGCAGAUAGACUUAGAUGUAAACCGUACAUAUAGAAACCAUAUCAUGUUUCGAGAGCGUUAUGGGGUUCAACAACAAGCUUUAUUUCAUGUCCUUGCAGCCUACUCUAUGUACAACACUGAAAUUGGCUACUGUCAAGGGAUGAGUCAGAUAGCUGCACUGUUAUUAAUGUAUAUGAAUGAAGAGGAUGCUUUCUGGAGUCUUUCUGUCUUGAUGACAAAUGAAAAACAUGCCAUGCAUGGAUUUUUUAUACCUGGCUUUCCCAAGCUUCAGAGGUUUCAGGAGCAUCAUGAUAAGAUCCUAACAAAAUUUCUACCCAAACUAAAGAAGCAUCUAGACAAGUAUGAAAUUCAUUCAAGUCUUUAUACCCUCAAGUGGUUCUUUCAGUGUUUCUUAGACAGGGUUCCCUUUACAUUAACUCUUCGGCUUUGGGACAUUUAUAUACUGGAGGGUGAAGUGGUUCUCACUGCCAUGUCAUACACAUUGCUCAAACUGCACAGAAAAACGUUGCUAAAAAUGGGGAUGGAAGAAACAGUGGAAUUUCUGCAAGUUAAGUUGGAACAAGAUUUUGGUUACCAUGACGAUGCAGCUGUUGAUGCCCUCAGUGCUUCAGUGGAAGAGUUACGCAAACAGAAGUUGCAUAUUCCAGGAAGAAGACCAGCUCAUGAACUUCCACAAAAGCCCUUUGGUUUAAUGGUUGAGCUUCCUAUAGAACAGCAAAUUGGUUUAAGAAGCAAAGAAAGUGAAGACAAGGUGAUAGCAAAUGGCAGUCAGUUUACUAUCUGGAAGAAUCAGGAAAUGUUGAACACUAGUGAUUACAACUCAGGCAGCAUUCUGCAGAGAGAAUCAAAAAACUCUGAUAACAUAGAUAAUGAUGACGGUAGUUCCAUUGUUGACCCAUUGAGUUCAAGAAACUCUCUUGCAGAAACGUCACAAACAUCAGCAGCAGACUUAUCUGUUGUAUCUGACUUCUCCAGCCCUAACACCACACUGACUCGUUAUCAUGACAGGGAUGGUAGCAGCUCUCCCCAUAGUAGUCGUUUUGAUCCUGAUCACCUUCAGCGAACUCUCUCGUUAUAUGACAAUGUGGACUACACGGAAAGCGUCAUGGCUGCCAUCAAACAAUCUCCACCUAAGUCAAGGACUCAGUCACCAGAUGCUGUGAGAAUUUUUGUGCCAUAUGAACAGAAUAAUACUCCUCAGGCAACUUCAUCACCUUCUCCUCCUCGUCGUGGGUUUUCACGUAGUCAUUCUGGUUCACCCCCUAAUGGUGAUGUUACCCCCACCAAUCAGGACCCCAAUAAAAUUACUAUUCAUGUUGAAAUGCAUGAUCUAACUUCUAGCUCUCAGCAGGUAACGUGAUGGAGACUGCUUAACCAAGAAAGACGUGUAUUAUGUUUUAACAUUCCAGUAGAUAUUCACAUAGUGCUCACUUAAUGUAGCUUAAUAAAAAUUUUCAUUAGUCGUACCUGACCAGUGGCCAAGAUGUACAGCCUAGACCACGGAAUAGGUGUGAGUUUUAUACAUGCCAUGCAUUUCAUUAAAAAUCAUGAGCACAAGGCAAUAAACAGUAGCUAAUUUAGUAACUUAUGACUUAUCUAGUGAUAGUUUUAUUGCUAUAAAACAACAUUAGUUGAUUGGCCUGCAUUUAAAUCCAAACUGUACUUUUGUUUGUAUAUUAUGUUUAUAUUAAUUUCUUGUAAAUUUACCCAAACCAACUCUAAUAACAUCUCAGAAAGUAAUGCUCACCAGAAAUAUAGCCAAUUAUUCAUUUUGUUAAUUUAGUUAAAAUGCAUUGCUAUAAACAGAUUUGGAGAUGUUUCUCAAUGGUGCAAGUUGUAGCUUGUGAUAAUAAGAGUUCAAGUCAAUAUGCAGAAUGCCAUGUCAAUCAGUGUAUCGUUAAAAUCUCUGAUGUUAUGUAAAUAGAUAUUCCACUAUGAUUGGUUUAAUGUGGAAAGAUGGAAUUGUAAUGCCUGUGACAUCCUCUUAGUAAAGAUCCUCUGUGAUACAUCUUUAUGCCAUCUCUCAGGUACAGCUGUAUACAAGUAAUGCUUUGUAGUAACCCUCUCUUAAUAUUAUAAUUCUUAUUAAUGUUAAGAGUUGAAAAUAGAGUUUCUGUAAUAAAACACAGUAAUGCUUAAAGCUGUGGAUGGUAUAUCCAUUUGUGUAUAUCAUAGGUUCAUGUGUGUGUAUUUAUAUGUUGUUCUUUCUUUACACAUAUAGUGUCAACAGCUGGUUCAUGUAGUUAUAUAUACUGUAAGAAAGAAGUAUUGAAUAUUUAUAUAGUUGUUUUUUAUUAUGUUUUGUUUUUCAUAUUCUGUGCAGGAGAAAAAUUGUACUUAAGAUAGUUUUUUAAACAGAACUAAUGUGUCAUUUAACAACCAGGAAUGUAACGAUUCUGUGAAGAGUUAGGAAUUAAACAAGUGUAUGCCUUUAGCAGAUAUUUCUAGCUACUUCUGUAAACACACCUGCUGAUGUUAAGUGUCUGUUACCAUAUUAUUUACACCACAUGAUUUACUUUUUUUUAGUAAACUAUAUGGUUCAUGAAUGAUAAGAUAUAAAAUAGUUUGAUGUUGAAUACAGUUCAUUUAUCAUAUUGUGAUAAAAGAAAAGGGGCUAAGAAUGAAUUUCAGACAGUUAGUAAUCUGAAAUGUAUAGAAUGUUUGGGAAAAACUUGCUUGAGGAGUGUUUUCUAUACUUUUUAUAUAUAUAUGUCAGUAGACUGUUUGUAUUUGGAGAUAGUAUAGCCCAUGAGUAACAGGAUAUUCAUUUAUUGCUAGAUGCUGACAAGUUCUAGAAUGGUUAUAUGAAUUUGUAAAAAAAGUUUUUUUCAUUCCUAAAAAACAAUAAGUAGAAACAAUUAAUUUGGAGGAAUAUACUACUUGCAGUUUUCAAAGUCUUAAAAAAAAAAUGACUUCAUAGAUGAAAUUGGACUCUUUACCUUCUCAUUCUUUUUAUUUUAUUUUAGUACUCCUGAAGGAAAUAUGAAAAUAAAUUUAGAGUAAACAGUAAUGUUUUUAUUUGAAAAUUGUAAUUUAAGGUGGGUUUUGUAAUUUCUUGUGUUAUGACUGUGUGUACUAAUACUCUCUGCCAUUAAUAAAUCAAGAAAUUUUGCAAUAUGGGUUACUUUCCAAGGUCACAAACUUUAUAUGGUUUUAUUAAGUUUUUCAUUUUGUUUACUUUAUAAAAAAUCUAAGUGAGCAAAUUUUCUUCUUAGUAAUUAGUUAAAUUAAGUAUGAAAAUUUAACCUAAAGUGCAAAAAAAUUCUCUCUCUCCAGAAACUUGUUUUAGACAUAGUUUAAAUUGAUUCAAACAAAUUAGUACCAUGGAUUAAAAAUGUUACUGAAAAGUUUAGAGUAGGAUUUUGGUAAUUUUGAUGAUGGAUAACAAAGAAAUCCAAGAAAGACGUACAACCACGAUAAUAUCAGAAGAUAAGUGUUAAACUUAACUGAAUUGUAGCAGAAAAACUUACCGUGCUUUAUUUUAAAAAAGUAGUGCUAUGAUUUCUGCCAAUUUUUAACAUAAAUACAGGGUAGAAAAUAAAGGCAGUUUAUUAUAUAAUUGAUUAACUAAAAGUAUUUUGAUUGAAGAAAUUUAGAUAGUAAAAAAAAACAAAGUGCAAUCUGUGGUCAAUAGUGUUAGUGGCAUACUGAUUGUCAUUAUUAUUAUUAUGUUUUUCUUAAUUAUUAGUCAUUCAAUAAGUAUAUAUGUAUUUAAUUUGAACCUUCUUUGAGAUAGAGUUUGAAGAUGGCUGGAAUGGAUAAUUAAGAAAAUUUUAUUACAAGUGUAACAUUUGUUACCAUAUUUAUAAUAAAGUCUUCUUCAUUACCUGUUCAAGCUGUCUUCUAACUUUAUUAUAUCGUAUGUAUGUUGGCACCAUUCAGUGUGCUUGAGUUAGCCUAAAAGUAUUAACUUUCAUCGUAUUGGCUAGUAAGUUAUUUAUGUCAUUAUUCUAUACACCUCAUUUUUCUGUUCAAUUUUACAUAUUUUAGAUAGUCAAUGAAAUCCAUUUCUAAAAAUGGGGAAUUUUUUGUUGUUGUUUUUAAAAAUAUCAGUAACAAAACUAAGUGGGAGAUAAUUAUUAGGCACUUAGUAAUAAAUGACAGCUUGUAAAAUUUUCUUCAUUACCCUUUCAAGCCAUCUUCAAACUUUAUCAUAUCGUAUGUACAUUGGCACCAUUCAGUGUGCUUGGGUUAGCCUAAAAGUAUUAGCUGUUAUUUCUUGGUUAGUAAGUUAUUUAUGUCUUUCGAUACAUCUCAUUUUUCAGUUCGGUUUUUCAUAUCCUAGACAGACAAUGAAAUCCAUUUGGGGGGGGGGGGCUUGUUGUUGUUGUUUUUAAAAAUAUCUGUAACAAAACCAAGUGGGAGAUAGUUAUUAGACACUUUCUGAAUUCAAUCUUUGAAUUUUGAUGUGUAAUCAACUUGUAUUGAUCAUAACUUGCAAAUGGAAAAG